CGGAAGCGGACGACUGCGGGUCGGGUUCAAAGUCGUCUGUCCGCCAUGGACGAGGCAGAUCGGCAGCUCUUGCGACGGUGCCGGCUGCAACUGGUCUGCGAGCUGCAGGUGGCUGAGCUCUGGGACGCGCUGCUUAGCCGCGGGCUCUUCACGCCCGACAUGAUCGAAGAAAUCCAGGGAGCAGGCUCUGGAUCUCGGCGGGAUCAGGCCAGGCAGCUGAUCACAGAUCUAGAGACUCGAGGGAGACAGGCCCUUCCUUUGUUCAUCUCCUGCUUACAGGACACAGGCCAGGACAUGCUGGCUUCAUUCCUGAACACGAGUCGCCAAACAGCAGAGCAGAAUCUGGAAGCCAUCAGACCCCGGGACCUUGUGCCUGGACCAGUGGGCUUCAACCCGGAUGAGAUGAGAGUGGUUAAGCAGGAUCCAUCAAGGUCGACCAUGGGACGUCUGCCCACAGUGGUGCUGAGGCCUGACAAACUCAGACCAACUGAGCUCAGGCCAGAGGUUCUCAGACCACAGGUGCCCAGGCCAGUGACCACUGGCUCUGGAGAACUCCGUGAUGCCUGUGCUCCAAGAUGGGGAGGAAAGGCCAAUUUGGCAUACGUCCUGGAGGCUGACCCUUGUGGCUACUGCCUCAUUAUCAACAAUGUGAACUUCUGCCUCAAUUCGGGGCUCAGCUCCCGCACUGGCUCCGAUAUCGACUGUGAGAAGUUGCAACGACGCUUCCGCUCGCUGCAUUUCAUGGUGGAAGUGAAGUGUGACCUGACUGCCAAGGACAUGCUCCUGGCUCUAGGGGAGCUGGCGCAGCGGGACCAUGGAGCACUGGACUGCUGUGUGGUGGUCAUCCUCUCCCACGGCCAUCAGGCCAGUCACCGCCAGUUCCCGGGGGCCGUCUAUGGCACAGAUGGAUAUUCUGUGUCCAUCGAGAGAAUUGUGAACAUCUUCAAUGGCACCGGCUGCCCCAGCUUGGGAGGGAAGCCCAAGCUCUUUUUCAUCCAGGCCUGCGGUGGGGAGCAGAAAGACCAUGGAUUUGAGGUGGCCUCUGCUUCCUCCGAAGACUGGGCCUCUGGCAGUAACCCCGAGUCAGACGCCGCCCCGUUCCAGGAAGGCCCAGGGAGCUCCGACCAGCCAGACGCCGUGGCUAGUCUGCCCACACCCAGCGACAUCUUCGUGUCCUAUUCCACCUUCCCAGGUUUUGUCUCCUGGAGGGAUACCAGGAGUGGCUCCUGGUACAUCGAGAUCCUGGACGGUGUCUUGGAGCAGUGGGCUGACUCUGAAGACCUGCAGACUCUUCUGCUCAGGGUUGCCGAUGCUGUUUCAGAGAAAGGGAUUUACAAACAGAUGCCGGGUUAUUUUAAUUUCCUCCGGAAAAAACUUUUCUUUAAAACUUAAUGAGGCCCGGGCCCCACACCCUGCCUUACCUACAGCCCUAAACCUUUCUGCUCCGGGCCUGGACGUCGCUAUGACUGUGGCUGUCAUGCUUUGAAGGGUUUUCUAGCCUGUGGAGUGACUGUUCCUUCCCCAUGAGGGCAGACAGACUUCCAUAUUGGACGGGAAGGGCGGACGGGCAGUGGAGGAAGAGGAGCUGAAGGAUGCCGUGGACACCACGUGGCCCCUUCACCCACGGCUGGUUCCUUGGCUAGUGAACGAAGCCUGUGGCCCCUGUGCCUUCUAUUGUCAUUUGGGGCCAGAUGCUUCUCUGUGGUGGGAGGCUGUCCUGUGCACUGUGAGAUGCUGAGCAGCAUCCCUGGCCUCCACCCACUAGGUGCCAGAAGCAUUUUCCCAAGUUGUGACAACCAAAAAUGUCUCCAGAGAUCACCAAAUGUCCUCUGGGGGGCAACAUUGCCCCAGCUGGAAAGCCACUGAUUGCUGGGAAUGUUCGGCAAUAAAGAAACCAACAUCUCUUAGAUCCGCAGGCUUGGUGCUACUGGAGUCUGAACAGCUUUUAUCUGUGGAUUCUAAAUGAAGUUUUAAAAUUUGCUAAUUUUUCCUGUGUUGUAGUCUUAAAAAACAAAUCUUAGGUGACUAUGGACUCUUCUCUGCCCAUUCCCCUCCUUAUUUUGCUCACACUCUUCUUCCUUCCAAAGGUAACUUCUGCCGUUUUCAAAACAUUUCCCCGUUGCAUUUGAUUUGAAUACCACCCUAUCCUAGGAAGGUGGCAGGGGCGUGCACCCUGUGUUGAGGGAGCUUAAAUCACUUGUCCAGGGGAAUGUGGUUAACCAGUAGAGAGACCUGGCCAGAACCCAGAUCUUCUGAUUCGUGGCCUGUGCCUCCCAAGUGCCUGACUUGCUGAGGGACCCCGGUACUUCAGGGCAAUCCUGGGAUCCCAGGCCCCAUCCCUGAGGUCUUUUAGGCUGUCGUGACCCCAGCUUAUUUCUUGCUUUUAGGGCCCCUGGACAUUAGGAGGAGCCUUGGUGGUGCAGUGGUUAAGAUUCGUCUGGUAACCAAAAGGUUGCAGUUCGAAUCUACGACCUGCUCCUUGGAAACCUUAUG